AUGGCUUCAGGAGAUAUUCAAUCAGAUGAAAGUCUUUAUCCAAUCGCUGUUUUAAUUGAUGAACUUCGUAAUGAAGAUGUUCAAUUACGUCUAAAUAGCAUAAAAAAAUUAUCUACUAUUGCAUUGGCACUUGGUGUUGAAAGAACACGAUCUGAACUUAUUCCAUUUUUGACUGAUACAAUUUAUGAUGAGGAUGAAGUUCUAUUAGCAUUAGCUGAACAAUUAGGUACAUUUACACAACUUGUUGGUGGUGAAAGUUAUGUCCAUGUUUUAUUGCCACCAUUAGAAAGUUUAGCACAAGUUGAAGAAACAAUUGUACGUGAUAAAGCUGUUGAAUCACUUCGUAUAUUAGCACCACAACAUUCAACAACAGAUUUAGAAACAUAUUUUGUACCAACUGUUAAACGUUUAGCACAAGGUGAUUGGUUUACAUCACGUACAUCAGCAUCAGGUCUUAUAUCUGUUUGUUAUUCACGGGUUUCAAAUCAUGUUAAAAGCGAAUUACGACAAUUAUUUAAAAGUCUUUGUCAAGAUGAUACACCAAUGGUACGUCGUGCAGCAGCAUCAAAAUUAGGUGAAUUUGCUAAAGUUGUUGAACCAGAAUAUUUACGUCAAGAACUUGUUAUAUUAUUUACUAAUUUGGCAAAUGAUGAACAAGAUAGUGUACGUUUGUUAGCUGUUGAAGCUGGUAUAUCAAUGGCAGGUCUAUUUCGACAUGAAGAUCUUGAACAACAAAUGAUGCAAACAUUACGUUCUGCUACAGAAGAUAAAUCAUGGCGUGUACGAUAUGUUGUUGCUGAUAAACUUGUUGAAUUACAAAAAGCAGUUGGUCCACAAAUAACAAAAGAUGAUUUAGUUACAGCUUAUUGUUCAUUAUUAAAAGAUCCUGAAGCUGAAGUACGUGCUGCAGCUGCAUCGAAAUUAAAAGAUUUUUCUACACAUUUACCUGUCGAUACACGUGAACAAAUAAUUAUGUCACAAAUUUUACCAUGUGUUAAAGAUAUGGUUGGUGAUAUGAAUCAACAUGUUAAAUCAGCUUUAGCUUCAGUUAUAAUGGGUCUUUCACCAUUACUUGGCAAGGAUAAUACACUUGAACAUCUUUUACCAUUAUUUCUUAGUCAACUUAAAGAUGAUUAUCCAGAAGUUAGACUUAAUAUUAUUUCCAAUCUUGAUUGUAUAAAUGAAGUUAUUGGAGUUCGUCAAUUAUCACAAAGUCUUCUACCAGCUAUCGUUGAAUUAGCAAGUGAUGCUAAAUGGCGUGUACGUCUUGGUAUUAUUGAAUAUAUGCCAUUAUUAGCUGGUCAACUUGGUCCAGAAUUUUUCGAUGAAAAAUUAAGUAGUCUUUGUAUGAGUUGGCUUACAGAUCAUGUCUUUGCAAUACGUGAAGCAGCUACAAAUAAUUUAAAAAAAUUAGUUGAAAAAUUUGGUCGAGAUUGGGCACAAGGUACAGUUAUACCAAAAGUUAUACAAUUAGCACGUGAUCAAAAUUAUUUAUAUCGAAUGACAUGUUUAUUUGCUAUUAAUGCUUUGGCUGAACCAUGUGGUCAAGAUAUAACACAACGAAUGAUGUUACCAACAAUACUAACACUUGCCAGUGAUACUGUUGCUAAUGUUCGAUUUAAUGUUGCUAAAACAUUACAACGUAUUUAUCCAAUACUUGAUCAAAGUGCAUUAGCUUUACAAGUUAAACCCUGUUUGGAAAAAUUAAGUCAAGAUUCUGAUCAUGAUGUUCAACAUUUUGCCAAUGAAGCUCUUGAAAAAGUUAUUGAAGCUUUAUGA